UUGUGGUGUGUGUGUGCUAUCAAAGAGGCGUCCAGCUGGGUGUCUGUCAGGGUGCCCUUCAAAAACCCCAGCUGUCUGCGUCAUGUUUGAUCUAAUUAAUGGCAAAUCCAGCGACAAAAAGGUGCUUUUUCGGCAUUAGUAGAUUUUUACCUUGCAGGCCAUGUUUGCAUAUGUGUGUCUUGUAUAUUUAGGCGUACUCUGUCGGAUCUCUGCAGAAUCCGGAUCUCCAUGUCUACUUCGAUCUUGUGGCGUGUUUUGUGACUGAAUGGUGUUUCACCUUCAUGCUUUAGAUGCAGUCUCGUUGGCUGUGUGGUGUCGGAGAGCAUUUUGUGUUCGUGGUCCAGGCGGGACUGAAUCUUGUCCCCAUUGGUAACCUUGAGCUGGGAUUCCGUUUCAUUUUCAGAGUGCAUCAUUAAAACCAAGAGACAAACCUUAUAGCAGAGCUGUGGGGCAAAGUGACAGGAUACCUCUUGGAUCCACAGUGAGGUCUGGUUAGGCUUCUCUGGUGUUUUUUUUUUUUUUUUUUUGCUUUGUUUUCACCAUGUGUGCUGACAUUCAUGCAGGUCUGCAGAUGUUUUUGUGUGCUUUUCUUGCGACUUUGUUAGUCAGGCUUCAUCAUUCAUCUUCACACUGCUUUUCCUGGUCAAGGUCGUGGUGGCAGCAUGUGGAAUGUCGCAGUAGAUGUUAUUUUCCAUGGUUGCAGAUUUUAGCUCAUUUCGCAGUGUUUCCUGUGGUCUGCCAUAGGACCUCCCUUACAAGAUGCCCAAAGCACAUCACUUGACUUCUUGUGAUCCAAAGGUCCCUCUAGGUCUCUCAAGUCUUUACCCUGUCAAGGAGAGUGAAUCUGGCAAGCCUAUGGAGAAACCUCAUUUUGGCCACUUGUAUUGGACAACUUGUUCUUUCAGUCACUACCUAUGACCUCAUUACUCACCAUCAUAGGUGAGGAUAGCUAUGUGGACUGACUGGUAACCAUGAGCUUCCCAUGACAACUUAAUACCUGCUUUAUCGCCACAAACUUCCUCAAUUCCCACAGAACUGCCACUACUGAACCGAUCUGCCUGUCAAUCUCUCGUUCCCUCUUAACAUCACUAGUAAACAAUAUCGCGUGGUACUUCAUCUCCUUCACUAAGGCCACACCCCCUCACCUAAAAGGAGUAAUUCGCUCUUUUCCCAAGAGAAUUCCAUGAUCUUGCGCUUAGAGGUUGCUUCACAUACUGCAUGCGUGCUGGAGUUCCCCGUUGAUGAGGAAGACGACAUCACUUCUUUUCCUCCCCCAUUCCGGAUGCCCUUACAGUCACUGCUACGCCUUGGUGCCCCAUCCUUGAGCAUCACGAACAGGAGAGGCAACUAGACACACCCUUGUCAGAGGCCAACGGCCGCUCUAAACAACUUUGAUUUUUGUGCCAAGUUGCAGACACUUAUUUCAUCCAUACAAGGACCAAAAAGCAUGCAAUAUGUGCCUGAUAUCCCAUGUUCCUGUAACAUGCUGAAACAUGCAAUCAUACGCCUUCUGGUAGUCCACAAAGCAUGUGUAGUCUCUCUUAGCAUAUUCCCAUACCCUCACACAGCUGUGCGAGGGAGAAGAGUUGGCCCACUGUUCCAAGGCUGGGCUGAAAUCUGUAUUGUUCCUCCUGAAACCUAGGUUCAGCUGUGGGGCAGACUUCUCCCCAGUACCCUGGCGCAGACCUUUCUAGGGAGGCUGAGAAGGGUGAUGUCCCAAUAGUUGGAACACACCCUCAUUAUUUAGUUAUUAGGUCAUUUUUGCAUUUAUAGCAAUGAAUGGAAGUAUGUCUGAUGGUCAUUAAAGCCUUAAUAGGAAUUAAUGGAGUGAUUUAAGGGUGCAGACCUAACCUGGAGAUUGCCAAUUCCAGCCCUGGAGGGUGCCCAGCUGUUGGGUCCCUGGCAGAGUACUUAACUUGAAUAGCUCGCUUAAAACAACCUGCAGUAUACAAGGACGGUUCUUUUUUUAAUGGAACUGUCUGCUAGCUAGUUUGAAAAGCUAAAUGAGUCAGUCGGGGUUACAAUGGGACAUCCAGAGUAGCCUCACUUUUGCAUUUGUUUUUGAAGCUCUCAAAAGAACGGACAGACGCCUGGGAGCUGCACCCUCCCUUCGUUAUGUGCAGUGAAACUUUGUGUAAGUAGGUGGCGAUUGGAAGCGUGGAAUAGCUUUCUUUGUGGACGGACUCUCGGACAGUUCGAGCAACGGAGCACUGGCUGGGAGCACUUGACGCUCUUUCCUCAACAUUACGCUCCGCUCUGCCAGAAUCAGGUGAUUAACACUGCGGCAAGAGAUUUAUCUGUGGGAUUAGCGGCACCAAAAUGAUUGGGGGAAAUAAGCACACAAUGAAUGACCACUUGCACAUUGGGAACCACCAGCAGAUACAUGUUCAGCAACUGUUUGAGGAAAACAGCAACAAAAGGACACUGUUGACCUCACAGCCCAAUGGCUUGACGACAGUGGACCGGACGGGUCUCCCAAUGCCCGACAGGCAGCUGGAGGGCACCCAGUGUCGUCAGAGCAGUUCCAUCUCCCUGAAGUCCUCUGAUGGCAAGUCUAAACCAGUCUCUCUAACACCUGAGCAGGCUAUGAAGCAGUACAUGUCCAAACUCACGGCCUUUGAGCAUCAAGAAAUAUUCAACUACCCAGAGAUUUACUUCACUGGUCCAAAUGCCAAGAAGCGGCCCGGCGUGGUUGGGGGCUCCAAUAAUGGUGGCUAUGAUGACGACCAGGGCUCCUACAUCCACGUGCCCCAUGACCACAUCGCUUACCGCUACGAGGUGCUCAAGGUCAUCGGCAAGGGCAGCUUUGGGCAGGUGGUGAAGGCCUAUGACCACAAGUCGCACCAGCACGUGGCUCUCAAGAUGGUGCGCAACGAGAAGCGCUUCCAUCGGCAGGCGGCCGAGGAGAUACGGAUCCUAGAACAUCUACGCAAGCAGGACAAGGAUUCCACCAUGAACGUCAUCCACAUGUUGGAGCACUUCACAUUCCGCAACCACAUCUGCAUGACUUUUGAACUGCUCAGUAUGAACCUCUACGAGCUCAUCAAGAAGAACAAGUUUCAGGGCUUCAGCCUGCCGCUGGUGCGCAAGUUUGCACACUCCAUUCUCCAGUGUCUGGACUCUUUGCACAAGAACCGGAUCAUCCACUGUGACCUCAAACCGGAAAACAUCUUGCUCAAGCAGCAAGGUCGCAGUGGGAUAAAAGUCAUUGACUUUGGCUCCAGCUGCUAUGAGCACCAGCGGGUCUACACUUACAUCCAGUCCCGUUUCUACAGAGCACCGGAGGUCAUCCUAGGGUCUCGCUAUGGAAUGCCCAUUGAUAUGUGGAGCUUGGGUUGCAUUUUGGCGGAGCUUCUGACAGGGUACCCUCUUUUGCCAGGGGAAGACGAAGGGGACCAGCUAGCCUGCAUCAUCGAACUUCUCGGAAUGCCUUCACAAAAGCUGCUGGAUGCAUCCAAAAGAGCCAAAAAUUUUGUUAGCUCCAAGGGCUACCCUCGGUACUGCACAGUCACUACCCUGCCGGACGGCUCUGUGGUGCUGAACGGAGGACGCUCACGUCGGGGCAAAGUUCGGGGUCCCCCUGGGAGCAAGGAUUGGGUGACGGCCCUCAAGGGCUGCGAUGACCCUCUCUUCUUGGACUUCCUCAAGCAGUGUCUGGAGUGGGACCCCUCUCUGCGCAUGACCCCCAGCCAGGCCCUGCGUCACCCCUGGCUCCGGAGACGCUUGCCAAAACCCCCCACAGUGGACAGAACCCCCAUGAAACGAAUCACAGAGGGCUCAGGUGCUAUUACGUCAAUUUCCAAAUUACCUCCGACUUCUGGCUCAGUCAGCAAGCUGAGGACUAGUCUGGCACAAAUGACUGAUGCCAAUGGGAAUAUACAACAAAGAACAAUGCUGCCAAAACUAGUCAACUGAACGUCAGACACGUUCUGUCCACUAAUUUAUUUUUUAAAAGGAGACGUUUUUAUUUCCAGAGGCUGUAAGGAAAGCGAAACCAUCCUACUCCUGGACAUCACUCUAUUAUAAGUGCGAUCACCGCGUUUUAGGGUUAGCGCUGUGUUUUAGUAAUUAUUAUAUUGCUGUUUUUAUUGCAAAUCUUUAUAAAUCUUGAAAUGGUGAAAAGGAAACAAGGCUUUUGGGUUCUUAUUAGAGGGCUUGCCAGGACAGGGUUGCCAACACUUGUGCAGUCAAGCCAAAUAAAUUAUGAAGCCCAACUGUUGUGUAGUGCAGUCGUUAAGAGCGAUGACGUGGCUGGCCACGAGGUAGUAAGACUGCAAAUCGAGUCCUAGGGGUCUGUGGGGCUUUUCUUGGUUCUCUCCUCUCGUUAUCGUAGGGCUCAUCUUAUAAAGGGGAAUAAAAGUACCUCAUUUCUAUUCAGGUAGCAGAAGGACAACCUUUUGCAAGGGGAGGGACGUUUUGAGCGAUAAGACUAGAAUACGGAAUUACUGGAAGGAAAAAAUAUCGAAGGAGGUAACGACAAAAAAUGUUUCGUUUGAAAAGUUUACAUGACUUGGUACGUGCCUAAAUUCUCUUGACAUUCCUUACAAACAGGAACUGCUAAAAGUGGCAUGGUGCGUUUGUAGAAACGCGGGGAAGAGCAGCGCUAAUGCUAGGCACUGUUGCCGUAGCCUUUUCUCACGUCUCAUUUGUAGAUUGACUACAAAAAAACAAAAAAAAUUUUUACAGAGCAGGGAAAACUACUCUGGUGCUUUACCUUUGUAAUUAAGGUAUUUUUUUGUUCUUUUUUUAAAAAAAAAAAAAAAUUCAAGUCUGAAACAUGGUGGUUACGAAUUCUGCUUUACCUUAGCGGUUUGCACGCUAAUGCGCUAACUCUCCUGGUGGGUGGCCCUGAGCCAGACUCUGCUGACGCGAGAGUGAACAGAAGGGGCCCGCAGGUGCAAACCCAAGGCCUGUGAUUCCAGGGCUUCCCACGCAGGCGGCCCUGCCCCGGAGUGUCCAUCCUGAGGGCGCCUGUGCUCUGCCCUCAGAUAACGCGGGCAGUUUAGAGUGCUUCGUUUCUGUUCCCGCUCUCUGUUCAGGUUGUCCACUGUAGCAAUGUUUACCGUCCCCUGCUGACUUGCUGUAGAAUAGGGUUUGCGCUUUGGAAAAUUAAGUAGGGCAGUCUUGAGUGGGCUCAUAAAUGUUUGGCAGGCUUUAAAACCCAAAAUAGCUUGUUCCCUUUUCCCUUUUUGAGGCCAAAAGGUGGUGUAGUAUUUUGAUGUUUUGGAUCCCCUUUGCUCAAUUAAUUUAUUUUUUUUUGUCCUUUUGCUUGACAUCUUUUUAAUCCAAUAUCCUGUUUAAAUGAUUUCAGCUAUGCACUGUUCAUUAGUGAACACCUAGCCAGAUGCGUAUCUGGCAUUUUACGAGCUUUUGUCUCGAUAGGAAGUGAGAGCUACCAUUUCGGUUGCAUUUUUGACACGUUUUUAAAUACUAUAACUUUGUUGACUUGUUUUUAGAGCUUCAUAUUUAUUUCGUACAUGAUUUUCACUGAGGACUUUUAGGAGGAGAAAAAAUACAAGAAAAGCCAUACUGGAAACGGUAGGGCGUUAAUGUGCUGCAUCAGCUUUGUUACCACGGUAACUGCAGCGUGCACUAACAGUGUUCUCUUGGAAUGAUGUCACCUAAUACCACACCCAGACUCCUCUGUUAAGUAGAAGGAAAGGAAUCCCUUGUUGAGGAGGCUCUAUGAGUCAGAGGGCAGACCAAGGGUUGUCAGGGACUCCUGACAGGCAGCCGUGGCAACCGCCCGUGCCUUGCGUCUCUAGUUGCUGAUUAACUAUCAACCCUCCUUUGUAGCAGAGCUCUGACUAGCAUCUCAUUGGCUGUUCCCCCAAACUGUAUCCGACCGACAACCAAUGAGCAAAGAGAGUGCAUCUUCACAAUAACUUCAUUUUGUACUGGCAGUAGUGUGUAAACUGAUGCCCUACGGUGUGUAACAAUGUGCCUUUGGUUAUCAAUGCUGUUUUCUUUACAGUAGUUCCCUUUUUUAGUGGGGGAGGGGUAUGAUUUAUAGUAGUUAUUUAGUGACACUGUUUCUUAUACAGAUUUGAGUAACAUCUACAGAGUCUCUCAUGAUCCGUUACAUUCUGAGAAGCAAAGUUGUGUAACGCUUCAUAUAGAGAAUGUUUUCAUACCCUGUGUGGAAAAGAAGUCAUUUUAUUAAAGUCCCUGUCUCAGCACAGAAAGUGAUUUUUAAAAAAGAGGAUCAUAUUUGAGCAGACCUCUCUCACAGGGUGGACGCUAACUUCACUGUAAUAUCCUUUGUCUUAACAUGAAGCAACUCAGAAUUAAACAUUAAAUUUUAAACUUGACACUAGUUAAAAAUAAUCUAUACAAACAUUUUUACCUCAGACUGUUUAUACGUUUAUAAGCACCCAGGGCAUGUGGGCAUGUACCAAAGUGCAUUCCCAUCUCGCUAUCUGUGGCUACAGCAUUGGUAGUGCACACGCUGGAUCACGUUACUUCUGAGAAAAGGCACUUCAAGCCAUUCUGUCACUCAAGGGCCAUGCUUAGAUAAUGUCUGCUCCCGGUCAAGAGAAGCAUUUCGCUCUGAUGCUACAAGCCCACGUAGUGUGAAUCCAUCAGCGCUACCUGCUUCGAUGCACCUGGGGGUUGGCAUGACCUGUCGCAAGGCACAUUGGGCAGCGGGCAUGAAAUCUGACGUCCGACGCGGCUGUAGCACAGACAUGGCGGUAUACCAGCUGUGCCAUUUCGAAGGUGUGCACCUUCUGCUGUUUGUGUCAAAAUCCUAGGGCUGAAUCUGAGUCAGCCGCUGUCCGUCAACAUCUCGGGCAGCGGCUGGCAUCUCUGUGUGUGUGUUUUUUUUUUUUUUUUGUUAUAAGACUGAGAAACCAAUCGGAAGACUUGUGAGUAUUUUGCUGGAGUUAUGUGUACUGUACAUAUGAGGUUACUCUGAAUGCACCGUGGACAUGUAUAUAUUGUGGGUUUUUUUUUUUUUUUUGGUUUUUAUUUUUAUUUUUGCUCGUUAAAUGCUGCUGAAAACACUACAUAAUUGCAGUAGUGGGUUUUAAUCCUGGCGGCCAGUUUUAUGAUACUGUAUGUAUUGUACAGCUGAUGAAGUAAACCUUUUUUCUAGUGGUCAUUUGUUAAAUUUUAUUGUUGUGGCCAGAAAAUAUUAAUAAAAAUACAAUUAAUGUGCAUAUUUACA